GCCUUGACAUUUGCUUCAAAUAUCCACUACUAUUAUUUCCACUCCUCUGGACCUGUAAGACAUUUUCUGCUUUGGUAUCAACGGAAUUAAGCACCCUAACAAUGAGGAAUGCCCUUCUUACCCUUCUUUAUUAUCUCUACAUUGAGGAGACAGUUAGAUGGUACGGACGCCGAAAUCUUAACAUGGGGAUGCGACGGCUAUGAUGAGUGCGUACAACAAUGGAGUGAAACAUGUGAUACUGUUGUGGGCGCGAUGGUCCGGGUUACAUCGAUCGAUGAAGCAGCUACAGUCGUCCGUUUUGCCACAUGCAAUGAGAUACCCUUCACAGUCAGAGGAGGAGGUUACUCCACUAGCGGCGCAUCAACGACUCACGGUGGUAUCGUGUUAGACCUAUCCAGGCUUCGAGACGUCCACGUAAAUCCAUACUCCCGGAUUCUCACAGUCGAAGGUGGGGCGUUGUGGGAAGAUGUAGAUAUUGCAGCCGCGCAGUAUGGGCUGGCAGUGGUUGGAAGCACACUUAACCAGAUUGGAGCUGCUGGAGCAACGUUAGGGGGAGGCUAUGGGUGGUUGACCGGCCAGUAUGGCCUCGCCAUUGAUAACAUGCUCUGGGCAAGGAUGAUCUUAGCCGACGGCAGCAUAGUGAUGGCAUCGGAAGAGCAAUACCCCGACCUAUUCUGGGCCAUUCGCGGUGCCGGUCAGAGCUUUGGGGUAGCUGUUGAGUUGGGCUUCCGAGCCCACAAACAGGAUCAUCAUGUCUUUGCGGGAACUCUGCUAUUCACUGUGGACAAAUUACCUGCCAUUGUCAGUUUCGCCAAUCAGUUCGAGACUAUCACCGACGGUAAGCAGGGCUUCUAUUUUGGGCUCACUAUGCUGCCAUCUAUGGCGCAGAGCUCCAUCUUGGUGGUUGUGUUCUUUAAUGGGCCCGAGGCAGCCGCAUACCAGUUCUUUUCUCCAAUUCUGUCGCUGGAAUCGGUGAUGGAUGGAACGCAGAUGCUUCCUUACGAUAGUCUCAACGGCAUACUAAACCCAGUGGAUGUACUAGCUCGCCGGGGAAGCCUUUCAAGGGUUGAUAUCAGUUAUCCUGCCGAUAUGAGGGUGGGCCCUCGGAAGAGCCUCAGAGGUUCAAAUAUCACUCUCCCUCUAGAUCUCGAUUUUGUGCUGUCGAUAUACGACGAAUUCAAUAAUGUGUUGACGGAAUACCCGCAGACAAGGGAAAGCCGUCUGCUUUUUGAGAUCUUGCCAAAUAUACAGCUCGCUAAAGUUCCUAAUGAUGCCACAGCAUUUGCCAGUCGCGGUCCUUAUUACAACGUCAGCACCCUCUUUGAAUGGAGUGAAGCAUAUCUUGACCACAAAAUUCGCUCACGACAAAAUAAUCUGAUGGAACGGAUCGCAACACGCGGGGGCAUUGCAAGGCAACUGAACUAUAACAUGUCGAAACAUGGAACCGGGUUAUAUGCGAAUUAUGCUGGCCAUAACGUGCCUAUCAAACAAAUAUUUGGAGAGAAUCUUCCGCGUCUCCGGGAAUUGAAGAAAAAGUACGAUCCACAUAAUACAUUCAGGAAGUGGCACAACCUAAACGCGCUUACUGAUUCUCCGGAUGACGCUUGAAGUACAUGGAUAGCCCGAAGCAUUAAUCUAACAGGUGGUAACUACCUAGGUUAUGGUUGCGGCCAAUGCAUUGAAUGUGGAAAGUGCAACGAUAUUGAUUGUUAUUAUUUUUUUUUGGGCCCAAAGCUGUUCAUUGUCUAGGUCGUAUUCUUUUACUCGUGAUCAAUCGAUAUACAGACUGCUUCAAUUACAUAUAUUAGC